AAAAUAUUGAGCUUAGAUUCAGAGUUGCGAAAUUAAAACAAAAGCUAUUACAAAAUGACUCACAGAGUAAGGAUACUGGUGAGUCCAAACAGGUAGAUAUAUUUAUUCCAAAAGAACAAUCUUUAGCUAAUAUUAGUAAUACAGUUGAUGCCUCUC